AUGGAGGACCCAGAUUUUUCAGUUUCCUCUGCGCUGUUGGAGGUGACUGAUGGGAGUGACACGACAGAAAUGUCCACGGGGUCACAGGUCUUCCAGGAGCCGCUUGUGCUCAGAUUCCUCGACGUGCUCGACAAGCCGGAGGAUACCGAGGAGGCCGAGUUGGCCAAGCAGUCCGAGGAGCCGGCGCUGUCCGAGGAGCCUGAGCAGUCUGAGGAGCCCGAGCAGUACGAAGAGCCUGAGCAGUCUGAGGAGUCCGAGCAGUCUGAGGAGCCCGAGCAGUCUGAGGAGCCCAGGGAGUCCGAGGCACAGGAGGAGUCUGAGGUACCUGGGGAAUAUGAGCUCAAUAAGCCCCACAAGGCCCCUGAGUCCCACGAGGUCCACGAGCCCCACGAGACUCAGGAGCUCGGCGAAGCCGAACUGCUGCCCCGUGCAGUGACUAUCUCCCCGUCCCUCGUGGUCAGGCCUCAGCCACCGCAACCUCAAAUUAUUUUAGGAAUGAAUCCUGUUUCUGGUAAAUUUGUAAGGAAAUGUUCUUUUUCUAGGAAAAGAAUCCAGGAUCUUGCUAAGCCUAAAAAACAGUGGGGAACCCCAGAUAGAAUUCUGUUCUGGGGAAAUCAAGAUCCUAUUCGUCCUAUUUCCCAGAGUGCUUUGAAGGCUCAACUGACCAAAAGACUUGAGCACCUUGCUCAGCCCAAAAAAGUCUCCCGCCGAUAUGUACCUAACAGGUCUCUAUAUUACUACAGCUGUGGGAGAGAGUCUGUAAUCUGGAAGAUCCCUUCUCCUAGACUAUUUAGCCAACCCUCCAAAAGGAUCCAGAAGUUGGCACAGCCCAAGAGAUGCAAGGAAGACUAUCUAAGAAAUAGGCCCGUCAGUGAUGGUGUAAGAGAUUCUUUUCAAAUCCCUGAUGCUUCUCCUCGGAUAUUGCGACUUUCUAUAGCCAAAGAUGUGGAUCCGAACUAUCUCCCUCCAAAAAAACCUGGAACAAGGAUUUCAAUUUCUGCUCUAAGUGCUGUUGCAACUCCAAGAAUUGAAGACCUUGCCCACCCAAGGAUCAAGUUAGAGGGUCUGUGCUAUGAGAGAGAAAGAAGUGAAUGUCCCAUCCGUCCUAUAUCCCCUGCUGCCAUACAUGCUAAAGCUAGCCCUCGAAUAACAACUCUAGCUAAGAGCAAGCCUCUUCAUCAAGAUUAUUUACCAGUCCGUGAUGUCUGCUGGCCAGUAUCUUAUGCUGCUACCCAUCCCAAACUUUCUCCCAGAAUUCAGGAGCUAGCUAAUCCAAAUACAAGGACUCCUGUGCGUAUUGUAUAUUAUGAUCCAGACGUCUUUAAAGUCAAGCCAGCUGCUAUGAAGGCACAAUGUUCUCCAAGGAUCCAGGAGUUGGCAGAACCUCUUAAGCGUUAA